AUGAGUGGCGAGGAAUAAAAGGAUUACGAAGAUAUUAACGAACAUGAGGAAGAGGAGGAAGAAGAAAACUUGGAAAAGAUGCAUCACGGCAAUAUGAACGAAGGGGAAGUGCAAAACAAUUAAGUUUACAAUCAUCCCAUCGAUUCUAACGGCUACGAUGGCUAGCAAGAUAAUGAAAUUAAUCAAAAUAAUAUUGUAGAUUAGAUAAGUGAGGACAUUGAAGAGAAGAUUAAGGUGUUUGACGAAUUCGUCAAGGGGAAAUCGGAGGAACAAACACUGAAUAUUAGAAUGCAUUAAUUAGCUUUAGCGAAGAUUCUUGUUUUUACUCAUGGAAAGAGUCAUUUUAAGCUUGUAGAAGCUCAUACUAAACUUGGUAUUGCAUAUUUAAAUUACAAGUGUUACGAGUAAGCUAUUGAUCAUCUAACUAUGGCAUUGAAAAAGAAUGGUAAUUUGUUUGGAGAGAUCAAGGACUCAUAGGUUUAUCAUGCAGAUAUUUUGACUUAGUUGGGCAAGUGUUAUCUUGAAGUUCAAAGUUAUGAAGAUGCUCUUGAGUUAUUGACAAAAGCAAAUGAAUUAUACAAAACAGUAAAAGGGGAAAAUGAUUUAUCUUCAGUACCUACUUUGAAUUGCAUAGCUUAAUGCUACACAAAGAUGAAAGAUUAUGACAAGGCAUAGGAAACAAUUGCUCUCAUUUACGACAUUUAAAGCACUCACCACAGUCUUAGAAGCGAGCAAAUAGCAAUGACAAUGGUUGAACAUGCAAAAAUUUUAGCAUUGAGACAAGAUUUCAUUUAAGCAAUUGAAUAUCAAAACAGAGCAAUUGAAGUACUUAUUGAAAUAGAAUACAACAGACCUGAAUAUGUAGCAGAAUUAUACCAAACUCUUAGCACCUAUCAAGAAAAGGAUGGUAAAGUUUCAGACUAGGUUGAGUCCCUUCAAAAAGUAAAGACUCUCUAUAAAGAAAUUUAUGGUCCAACAGAUAAAAAGGUUAUAAAGGUAAAGCGUUAAAUAUCAAUGAUUCUGCUAAAGAACAACUAACACGACGCUGCUCUAGAAGAGCUCCAAGAAAUCGAAGAGUUGGAGAGCAAAGUAUAUGGAGAAAAUUCCGUCUAAGUAGCAAAGACUCUGCGUAUUAUAGGAACAAUUAAAAUUCUAACACAAGGAAUAAACGAAGCCCAAAAGUAUUUCUCAAAGGCCAUGAAGAUAUUUGAAGAAAAUGGCAUGAAAAAUUAAGUAAAAGAAAUGAAGGAAAAGCUUAAAAUGACAAAAGAUAUCAAAGAGAAAAAGGGCGUUGGUCUUAAACAAGGUGCUUACUACGAGUGA